AUGUCUGGAGCUGCCACACCCCACGCCCCUGCGUCGGCACGUGCCUCGCUCCCACCGACGGGCUCUGCGACGGCAGCUCUGCAAGCUCCAGCUUCUGCUUCCCCAGGCCUCCCCCCGCCGACCACCUUCGACAUCCUGCCCGACCUCCACAAGCUCCUCAGGCGCCUUCUCGACACCGCACCCACACCUGCGCCUUCACAAUCAGCUGCAGACGGCCCUCUCGAGAUCCAGCAUGUAGCCACCGCGGCCACAGACAUCAGGCUGAAGAUACAGGGGGCACAGCGCGCUGUCAUGGCGCUCCCGGAGAUUGACAGGACGUGUGAGGACCAAGAAGAGGAGAUCGAGGACCUCGAGGCACGCAUUGCACGUCUGAAGGCCUCUCUGCGGGAGCUUGGCCGGCCAGCAGAAACGGCAGAGGACGGGGACCAACGACGCACCUCCAUCGACUGCAUGGAUGCUCUCGAUAUGGCGCUAGCUCAGGGAGCGUAA